AUGUCGGAGGCCCUGCCAGAAAGAAACAGCGGCUCCGCGGCGCAUGAUGAGGUCCAUGUCAGGAAUGCGCCUAAAGUCCUCUCAGAAGAGGAAGUGCACCGUCGCAACGUCCUCUUUUUGAGUGUGAUGCGGUCUGCCUGCAUUGCGAUGCGAGUGGGCGACGACCCGGAGUAUAUGUGGACGCCGCAGGAGCUCGGCGCUGGGGCGUUCGGUGUCGUGACCCUUUCGUACCGUCACGAGGGUGGCGGUGCGUGGCGCAGGAUGGCGGUGAAGCGCAUAUCGCUGCGCAAAGAAACACGUCUCUCGGCCGUGAUCGAGAUGGUGCGGUGCGCUGGCCGCGAGGUGGCGCUGUGCCGUCGCGCUGGGGCGUCGCCGCACGUUGUGCCAAUGCACAAGCCGUGGUUUGACUGCCGGGCGGGCGCGAUCGCGCUGCCGAUGGACGCCGGCGACUGCAACCUGGAGCAGUACGCGGUGCGCUGCGGAUUUCAGUACCCCCCGCUGGUGCUGCUGUCGUUGUGCGUGCAGUGCGCGCGUGCUGUGGCGCAUGUGCAUCGGUGCGGCGUGGUGCACCGUGACGUGAAGCCUGACAACUUCGUGGUGAAUGCUGCCGGCACCGUUGCUGGUGCUGACGAUGGCAGCAGCAGUGAUGGUGACUACAGCGACGCGCGGCCGCCGCAUGUGCGCAUACUUGACUUUGGGCUCGCGUGCGGUGUGGAGGAGGUCGGGCCGGAGUUGAGGCGUUGCGUGGGGACGCCGCACUACAUGGCGCCGGAGACGUUUCCACACAAUUGCGACUGCGACGUGCCUGCGGCGCGUGACGUGUGGAGUCUCGGGGUGACGUUGUUUCGAUUGUCCACUGGCGUCUUUCCAGCCUUUGGUUGCGACGCCGUCGUGUCUUGGCCUCCCGCAAACGUCUCCUCUACGGGCUUGUUGCCUCUCACCGUAGAUCACAGCGGGCAGUUGUUGAGCGAGUUUCGUGCCAUGCCAGCCGUUUCCGCGUCGAUACUUGCGGUGAACCUGCGCCGUCGACCGACUUUAGCGCGUGUUCUACUGCAUCUGCAGGGCAUUGGUGAGGUUGUAGAGCCGGUGCUGUGA